GUCGCAAUACCGCACACCGCGUACCGCACUGGGAAAGAAAAAAAUGGAACUGCUCUACCGCUACCGCACUACUCUGGAAAAAGUACCACAACUGCACUACUGAUUUUUCAGUACCGUGCCCACCUCUGUGUAAUACAGAUCGUUCCUGCCAGAAGAAGUUUUCGAAGGGAGGCAGCAACAGACCCCAGAGCCCCAAGAUGGAAGAAGCUACCUGUGAGAGGAUCAUCAAGAAGCUGGACUCCCUCAUCAGCCAGGACCCACUGCUGGACGAGUUUGACAUCGUGUUCUCGCCGGGUGAGGUGAACCGAUCACCCGUGGUGAGUGUGGAGCACAAGCUGGGUCUGGAGUCCUGGUGCAUGAAGCACGUGUACGCCCAUGCCCAUGCCCACAUCCUCAAGGCACGGCGCGUCAAGAGGAUACAAGACCCCGGCCCGCUGCUGCGCUGGACACAGUUCUGCCUGCUGGUGGCCCCGGAGGUGGCCACCUUCUGGAACAUCCGCAAGCAGCUGCUGCAGCGUGGCAGCCUCUCGGCAGACACGGACCUGCACCUCACCCGCCUGGUGCUGUCUCGCAAACCCAAGUGCAUGGAGGUAUUCCAGCACCGCAAGUGGCUGUUCCACCACAUCCUGGCCCCCACACCACCACCACCACCGCCACCAUCCUGCGCCACUGACCACCACAACGGCAGCGGCCCGGAGGAGAAGCCAGGCUGCAGGUUCCUGGUGGGGGAGCUGGAAGUGUGCAGCUGGACGGCCGACAAGCACCAGAACAACUACCACGCCUGGAACCACCGCCUGUGGGUGCUGCAGCAGCUGACGGAGCGGCCGCCUGGCCUGGCCGAGGUGUGCCGCAGCGAGUACGAGGCAUGCCACCGCUGGGUGAGGACACAUGUCAGCGAGCACAGUGGCCUUCACUACCUCCAGUACCUGUUGGCCACCAUGGUGACAAUGGCAGCUGAGGGGGCCUUGGCCAGCCUGACGGAGGUGGUGCCGUCAGUCUCCACCCCCCUGGAGCUGUACUCGGCUGAGCUGGAGUUCAACCGUGACCUCAUAGAGCAGUACCCAGGCCACGAGGCGCUGUUCUGCCACCGGCGAGUGCUGCUGCAGCGAGUGCAGGACCUGCUGCUGCACACCGCGCCGCCACAGCGCACUGCCUCCCCGCCGCCGCCGGCCCUCAAAAGGUCCUGCGUGGAAACUGUGAACAGCGACUGGAGUGCCGUGCUGCUGGCUGAGAGGGACCUGGUCAACAGAUCUCUCAAGAGCCAGUCGUAUCAGCGCACCCUUGGGGAGCGCCACAGCCACUGGCUUGGCAACGUGCUGGGCGUCUAGCAGGCCGGGCUAGCACCAAGCUUCAGCCAGUCUUGCAGUACCUCAGGGGCAGUACACUCACUCGCUCCACUUUCAUUGGCCUUACUGUAAUGCUCCACCAGGCAGGACUCCUUGUCAUCCACCCCAAGGCUGGAGGGAACCUGGCACCUCUGGCUGGCACGGCAGGGGGGGACACGCAGCAGGGGGGAAAUGCACGGCAGUACAAAUUCAGCGGGAGACUCAUUAUAUGUGUAAAAUGAUAAAACAUUGCCAGCUUGAUACCUGCUGCCUUCCAUCAGAUGCAGCAGUGUAAGGAUUUAACACACACACACACAGUUGGGGCACAUAACUAUUGCUGAUAAGCAUAACAGAGUUCAAGGCAAGGCAUAUAAAGUUUUCAAAGUUUCAUCCUUUUGUGAGAAGAGUUCAGAAAAUUAAAGGGAACUUACAAGAUUGAAUUACAAGUGGGGACCUCUGGAGGAGUUACUAAAGCUGCCACUUGUCAACUUGUCUCCCAUGUCCUUCCCUCAUUCUUAAGUUACUUUUGUUGUCUUUGAUUAGAAAUUACAUAAACCAUGAAAUCAUGUUAUGUAGAUGGUACUCAGAAGAUCCGUGGAAGUAGAGGUAGAAGGGAGGACACCAACUGGAAAACAAAAGAAGACCUGGAGGCAGUGUGUGGAGAAAGACAUGAGAAGGAUGAACAUCACGAAGGAGAGACUAUGUGAUCAUCAGGGAUCCCCAUAAGGGAAAAUAAGGACGUUCAGUGACAAGAAGAAGAGGGUGAUAUUUUGGGUGACUAAAAUUCAUGUAAAAAGAAACUUGAGUUGAAGUCAAUAAGAAAAGUCACCAAUGCUACUUUGGGUUAAGAAUGAGAGAGAAGACAGGGUGUGGGAAUUACACUAAACUGACCUCAUUAUUAUAACAUUAUUUCAUGGUUUAUGUAUGUAUUUCUUCUAUCAAAGACAACAAAAAUAAUGCCUGUCUGGGGGCAGGACUUGGGAGGUUAGUUGGCUAAUGGUGACUACAGGAGCAAGUCCCCCAGAGGUCCCUGCCAGCACUAAGCCUUGUCUGCUGCUGCCCUCACCUCCACCACAGCUCAGGGGUCACCAGCCACCAGUGUCAUGUUCCUCUCCAGCGUCACUCUCCGGUAGCACGCAGUGCACAGGUAUCCCCCGCUUUAUGAUUGGGUUACCUUCUCGAAAAGUGAUCAUGAACCAAAACUACCGUAUAACGAACUUGAGGUUUAAUCAAUAGAGAUGCAGUCCUGGACUCAUAUUAUGUGACCUAAAACUCAUCAUACUAAAUAAUAACGAUGGUUUAUGGACUAUACAGUAAUGUCAGCAUUACCAAAAUAAAUAAAUACAUUUAAUAGCAUAAAUAGACUGAACCAAUCGUAAAAGCGAGCUAGAUGGAUUGUAAAGAGAACAAAGCUAACCAAUGAUUGACGAUCGUAAGAGCAAAAUAUUGUUACACAAACUAUCAUAAAGUUGGGAAGACCUGUGUGUUCGUCAGUGGGCACACACCCCUCCGGCCAGCAGCACAUGUAUGGAACAAAACCACUGCACUGUUGUCCUGACCGGCCAGCCUUGAAGCAUUUGGAUUUUAGAAAACCAGGACGUAAAUUUGGAGUCUGGAUGGUCUUGGUAAAUUCUUAUUAUAUAUAUAUAUAUAUAUAUA